AUGACUAAGGCAUGGAUUUUGAACCACAGACCUUUUUUUGGGGCGUUUACGGAGACGCAUGUUCAACAAGGAAAUUCUAGAAGAAUCGAGAGUGCUAUUCCAAGGGGAUGGAGAUUUUUUGGUAACUUUUCGGAGGUUCAAACGGCUCGAAUCAUUGUGGUUUGGGAUCCUAGAGUCUCAGUGGUAAUCUACAGUGAGAGUGCGCAGCAAAUCACUUGUGGUAUUUCUUUGGAGGCGGAGAAUCUAAAUUUCACUGUUACAUUCAUCUAUGGCUUUAAUCUGUUGGAGCAGAGAACUCCUCUAUGGGCGGACUUGGUCAAUUUCGCCAAUACUACUCCUCUGGCUACUCAUCCUUGGGUGGUCACUGGCGACUUCAAUCAGAUUAUCAGACCAUCUCACAACUCCCGCCAUCUGGAAGAGGAGAUUGAUAUCUCGGGGAUUGAUGACAUUACUUUGGCAAUGCAAGAGGCAAAUCUAUUUGAGGCUCCCUCUAAGGGUCUCACUUACUCGUGGUGGAAUAGGCAGGAAACCAAUCCAACACUGAAGCGCAUUGACCAUGCUCUUAUUAAUGCAAAAUGGGUGGAGAACUUUCCGGACUCCUUCUCAGAACUCUUAGAGCCUCUGCAAUCCGAUCACUCGCCCAUCCUUUUCUCGAUGCCUUCUCUGAGACGUGGAGUGAGGAAGUCUUUCCGCUUUUUCUGCCAUGUGACUGAUCAUCCCCUUUAUCCUUCUGUUGUAGCAGAGUCUUGGAACCCGGAUGCAGUCACGGGAUCAGCGCAGUUCAAGCUUAUCCGCAACCUAAAGAUCUUGAAGGCUCCACUCAAGCUGAUUAACAAAAACCAUUAUAGUGGCGUCACCAAAAGGGUUCAGGAGCAGGAGAGGAUAACGGUGGAGAUUCAACGUUUGCUGCAUACAAACCCAUCGGAGGUGUUAGCACGAGAUGAGCAUGAGGCGAGAAGCCGAUGGAAUGUUUUGCUUAAAGCGGAGGAGAAGUUCUUCAAGCAAAAAUCAAGGGUUAAGUGGCUCAACCUAGGGGACAGGAACACUGCCUAUUUCCAUAAGUGUGCCACUAUGCGACUGUCCCAAAACCACAUCUACUUCCUCAAAGAUGGACAAGGGAGAAGGGUAGUAUCUCAGACUGAUCUGAAGAAUCACUCGGCUGCAUACUUCCAAUCAAUAUUCGGGUGCACUGACAUGCCAACUUCAGGUGCUUCUGUCGUAGAUCUCAAGGAGCUCCUGCCCUUUAGAUGCUCUUCCUUGGAGAUAGCUUCUCUGCAACGACCAGUCCAGGAAGAAAAAAUUGUAAAGACACUCUUUGGGAUGCCAAGAGAUAAGUGCCCGGGUCCAGAUGGGUAUCCUAUCGAGUUCUUUAUCUCCUCUUGGAGCAGAGUAGGUCCGGAGGUGGUCGAGGCGGUAUCAGAGUUCUUCCGCCAUGGCCGCUUGCUCAAAGACCUCAACACCACUUUCAUAGCGCUGAUCCCUAAGACUCCGGAGGCAUGCUCGCUUGGUGACUUCAGACCCAUCAGCUGCUGCAAUCUAGUAUAUAAAAUAAUCUCUAAGAUAUUGGCUAACCAUCUGAAACCUGUGUUGAAGGGAAGCAUCUCGCCAAACCAGUCGGCUUUUCAAAAAGGGCGUAUUUUGGGUGAAAACGUCUUGUUGGCAACGGAACUGAUUAGGCACUAUCAGCGGAGUAACUGUCCGAGGGCUUCAAUGCUAAAGGUGGAUAUAAGGAAGGCCUUUGAUACAGUCUGCUGGGACUUUGUAAGUAAGCUGCUUGAGGCGCAGGACUUUCCACCGAUUUUCAGGAUGUGGAUCCGAGAAUGUUUCUCUUCACCUCGGGUUUCUAUUAUGGUGAAUGGAAAGCCGGCUGGGUUCUUUGAAAGGAAGAAGGGUCUACGCCAAGGUGACCCCAUAUCACCUUACCUAUUCAUUAUGGUCAUGGAGGCUCUGUCGUGUAUGUUGGAUAAGGCAACUCGGGAAGAAAGCUUUACUCUGCAUCCGCAAUGCGAGAGCCCUCUCAUUACGCACCUCCUCUUCGCUGAUGACCUACUGGUCUUCUCGGAUGGCUCUAGUUCCUCGAUGGCAGGUAUCUCUGAGGUUUUAAGAGUCUUUAAGAGCUACUCGGGACUUGACAUGAAUGCAGCAAAGUCUGAAAUCUUCUUCAGUGGCUAUACUGAGGCUGAGGUGGCUAGUCUAAGCAGUCAAGUGGGUAUAAAGGCGGGGAACUUUCCGACGAGGUACCUUGGUCUGCCAUUGAGCUCGCAACGGCUAUCUAGCUCUGUCCUGCAGCCGUUUCUUGACAAGAUCAGAGGCAAGCUGAAUUCUUUUACUGUGAGAUUCCUAUCUUUUGCAGGGAAGAUAAGGAUGGUCUCAUCAGUUAUUUAUGGCAUUGUGAACUUCUGGAGUCAGGUUUACAGCCUCCCAAAAGCUUUUUAUGCAAAGGUGGAUUCUAUGUGCUCGGCUUUCCUCUGGAACAACAGAACCGAUUCGGCAAGCGGUGCAAGAGUUGCUUGGAAGGAUGUGUGCAAGCCACGCUCGGAGGGAGGUCUCGGAGUUCGGAAUUUACAAGGGUUUGAGGUGGUUUUCAAGUUGAAGCAGGUUUGGAACCUCUUUGCAAACUCAGGCUCUCUCUGGGUCGCUUGGAUGCGAGAGAAUGUGUUCGCAAGAAGGAGCUUUUGGGUCACCCUGGACGCCUCUCGAUUCUCAAGGACUAUCAGAGACAUGCUCAAGUUGAAGCCUUUGCUAUCUACGUUUCUGAAGUGUGAAGUUGGAAACGGAACGGUCACAGCGUUCUGGUGGGAUUCUUGGACAACUCUGGGACCGUUUAUUGACUUUGUGGGCACGACAGGGCCUCGUAUGCUACGCCUGAGAUUGGAUGCGCGUGCGGCUGAUGCGGUGCAGCUUGGGAGCUGGCGACUCCCAAAUGCAAGGUCGGAUGCGGUGCAGGCUCUGCAAAUCCAUUUAACCGCCAUCUCUCCUCCUCAAGCAGGCAGUGGAGAGGACACUUACCUUUGGCGCCUGCCCUCAGGGAUUUAUUCAAAGAACUUCUCCUCCAAGGGAACUUGGGAGCAGCUGAGAGUUCGAUCGCUGCCAGUUAGCUGGGCUAAGACGGUCUGGUUCACUGAAGAGAUUCCACGAGCCUCCUUCAUCCUCUGGGCAGAGUCAACAGCCGCUGCUUCCAUCCAUUCUGGACACAAUACUGCUUCCCCCGAUUUCUACCUCGGCGCACACCACCACGCUGAUGAGGUUGCUGCUACAAGUCACGGUCUACGCUCUGUGGAGAGAGCGGAAUGCACGGAUCUUUACCACAACGAACACGCCAAUACAUGCCUUGAAGGGUGUAGUGGACCGCACGGUUCGAGAUCGUCUCCUUUCCUUCCCUUCGCUGGAUGGCACUCCUUCUCUUCUAGAAUCAUAUUUUGCUUGUAUCUCAUAUCCGUUAUGAUAAACUUUGGUCUGUUCCACAUGUGUGGGUGCUUCCUCCGUGGAAGAGAAACAAAAAAAAGCUUUGGCUCUGAAGCAAACAAACAUACAUGUCGAACGAAACGUAGCCCCAUUCAUCUCUACCGGAUAAUUGCUGAACCCCAUGUUAAAUCGGCUCCAAACCCGGACGUGGCUGUGAUAUGUCCCGGUUUAACUUUCCCGAUUCUCACCGCCUCAUCAAGAGCUAGGGGAACCGAAGCAGCGCUUGUGUUACCGUAA